UGACUCAAUUCAUUAGCUCAUUAAGAAGAAGGGUUGGAUUUUGAAGGCUACUUAUUUAAAUCUGUUUUUAUGAGAAUUUGAGUUUAAAAAGUUACUUUUUAAAAAAUUAAGUUUUAGAGUCCAGCCUCAAUAGAUUUUAAAGAUGGGCUCAAACCGGGGUCGCCUUUCCAAUCUGGUUUCUUUUGACCUUUUCAAAACCCACCGUGUGGACUCAUGACUGUAGAGGAAACCUCAGCUGCAACUCUGCAGGCUUGCGAUUCCUCUUCAUCUCAGCCUCGCCUCUCUCUCAGCACGAUCUUUGCGUCUCCUUCAUCUGCAAUCCGCUUUCUUUUCCGGCGAUUCUCUUCUAAGGUUUGAAAUCGAUAGCAUUGUGGGGCUUUCUCAAUAAUCCAAAGGGCGGAAUAUUAAGUUUACUUGGAAGAUGGGGGAGCUGGUGGCUGAGAAACAUGUUCAAUAUGUUUUAGCUGCUGAAAAGAGGAAAGACGACUUUGAGUCUGUGUUGAUGGAGCAUCUAAGAAUGAAUGGGGCAUACUGGGGACUGACUACCCUUGAUCUUCUGGGAAAGCUAGACACUGUGGAUGUAAAUGAGGUUGUUUCAUGGGUCAUGAGUUGUCAACAUGAGUCAGGGGGAUUUAGUGGUAACGUUGGACAUGACCCGCACAUUCUGUAUACGCUAAGUGCUGUUCAGGUUUUGGCUCUCUUCAACAAGCUUGACAUUAUUGAUGUGGAUAAGAAAGCAUGUUGGAUCCUAUGUUUCUUAACAAUUAUGUUAGAUAUUGUUAACCUGCAAAAUGAAGAUGGAUCCUUUUCAGGGGAUAUUUGGGGUGAAGUUGAUACACGGUUCUCAUAUAUUGCUAUUAAUUGUCUAUCAAUAUUACAUCAUUUGGAUAAAAUUAAUGUGGAGAAGGCCAUGAAAUACAUUUUAAGCUGCAAAAAUAUGGACGGUGGUUUUGGUUGUACACCUGGUGGGGAAUCUCAUGCUGGGCAAAUCUUCUGUUGUGUUGCAGCUCUUGCUAUAACGGGUUCACUGGAUCUUGUUGACAAGGACCUACUCGGUUGGUGGUUAUGUGAGCGACAAGUAAAAUCUGGAGGUUUAAAUGGCCGUCCUGAGAAACUACCUGAUGUUUGCUAUUCAUGGUGGGUUCUUUCUAGCUUGAUCAUGAUUGAUAGGGUUCAUUGGAUUAAUAAGGAGAAGCUUAUAAAGUUUAUCUUAGACUGCCAGGACACCGAAAAUGGAGGAAUUUCAGACAGACCUGAUGAUGCUGUGGAUAUUUUCCAUACAUAUUUUGGGGUGGCGGGACUUUCACUACUUGAAUAUCCAGGAGUGAAACCAAUAGAUCCAGCUUAUGCUUUGCCUGUUGAUGUUGUAAACCGAAUUAUCUUUAGUAAAUAAGAGCUUGUAUUACAACACUUUCUGGUGAAGACAAAAUUCUGCCACCCUCAAGGGCUAGACCGGUUUGUUUAGACCAUGAAUCUUUUAGAGAUAGUGCCAUGACCAUCUGGAUUGAAUGAUGAAACUAAAUUUCUUAAUUGUAUACCUAAACGAGGAGCUUUAGUUAAUCUCCCUUUUUUUUUUGGGGGGUGGUACAAAGGUCAUAGCUGGACUGUACAAAGGGAAAAUUUAGUUAAUUGCACUAAGCUUGUUUCUCCUAUUGUAUUGGCUCUUAGCCAGAAGCAAAUUUUUACACCCAAAGUGGGGGUUAUAUAAAAUCAUGAUUUCCACUUCCA